CCCUUUUUCCACUAAGGAAUGCGUGCUUUUUGGUUUGGCUGUAUCUGAUCAAGUCGUUUGGAGUCUGGAACUACUGUUUCUUGAAAGAUGAAUGCGACGGGCCUCAUCCCAUUGACUCAGUCGUUGCUUAUAUAGCAACGCCAAUUACUGAGCCAAACCAAACGUUAGUAACAUGAAUCCAAAAAUGCCCAACAAAAGUCUUCACUGUCUUUCCUUUCUACUCCUCCUUACUGUAGCUUAUGCUCACCUUCAUGUCGACCAUUACCGACACUCAUGCCCGAAUGUUGAAGCAAUCGUCCGCUCUGCAGUUAAACAUAAAUUCCAGGAGACAUUUGUGACAGCUCCUGCCACUCUUCGGCUCUUCUUCCACGACUGUUUUGUCCGGGGUUGUGAUGCUUCGAUAAUUUUGGCUACAAGAAAUCACACAUCAGAGAAGGAUAAUGCAGAUGAUCUUUCACUUGCUGGGGAUGGGUUUGACACAGUGAUUAAAGCCAAAGCUGCAGUUGAUAGUGUGCCCCAGUGUAGGAAUAAGGUUUCAUGUGCUGAUAUAUUGGCCAUGGCCACUAGGGAUGUUGUUGCUCUGACAGGGGGACCAACUUAUGAUGUAGAAUUGGGAAGACUUGAUGGCAGGAUAUCUACCAGAGCUAGUGUCCGGCACCACCUCCCUCAUCCUGACUUUAAAUUGAACCAACUCCGUUCUUUGUUUACCUCACAUGGUCUCUCCAAAACAGAUCUAAUCGCACUAUCAGGAGCACAUACUAUCGGGUUCGCACACUGCAGACUGUUCUUUGAUCGGAUCCACAACUUCGAAAGCAGCAACAGAAUUGAUCCAACACUUGAUCCGGCAUAUGGAAAGUAUCUACGAGAAGUUUGCCCCAAAAAUAUAGACCCCAGACUUGUCAUUGACAUGGACCCAAACACACCUCGAAAAUUUGAUAACAUGUACUACAAGAACCUUCAGCAAGGGAUGGGCUUAUUCACCUCCGAUCAAUCUUUGUUUACUGACAAGAGAUCGAGAAAAAUUGUGAACCUAUUUGCUUCCAAUAACACAGCUUUUGAAAAAGCUUUUGUUGCUGCCAUUACUAAGCUUGGGCGGGUGGGGGUCCGGACUGGAAACCAAGGUGAGAUUAGGCACAACUGUGCUAUGGUCAACUAGAAGAUAUCUUUUCUGUGUAAGAUUUGUAAGCCAGAAAGCAUUUUACACCUCAUUUGUAGAUUUUAUCUGAUCAUUUUGUAAUAAUAUUAAUAUUGAAAGCAUCAA